AUGGAACCUAACAGACCAACUUCUUCAAAAGUAUUACAAUUUUGCCUCAUCGAAUAUCACCAAGAUCUUCGCAUUAGUAAUCCUUCUCCUUACGAUGACUAUUCAAAUUUUGUUAAUACUUCAAUUAUAACAAUUGAUGAUAAGAUAAUAACUCCCAAAUUGCAAAAAGAAGAAAUUACUGGUAAAGAUUUCUCAAAGAUAACUGAAGAAAAGCUUCGUGGUUUGAAACUGCACUCUGGACCUUUAACACGACUUAUUCAAAUAUGUCCACGUAAAUCAUACCUCAGGGAAUCAUCACAUCAAUGUGAUUUUGUAUUCUUUAUUUUGCAAAUAAGUUCAAGUACAGCACCCCAGAGUGAUGAUUUUGGUGGUACAUAUUUUGCAUUUGGUCAUAAUGGUGAUUUGGAUGCUGUAGGAACACAUAUUGGAAAUGCGCCAAUUAACGUGGCACUUAUGUUACCACUAACUUGUACUCUGCCUCUUUACAAUUUACAAAUAGUUGUAGAUUCUCCUCAAUGA